AUGACGAUCUGCGAGCUGUCGUACUAUGAAAAGUGGGCGGCGUCCAUGACGGCGGUGUUCUGCGAACGGAAGCUGAUCACGGAGCGAGACAUCAGCGCGCAUCUCGGUCAACAGGAUGUCCCCGCCGCCUCGCACGAUUACAAGCCGGGCGACCUUGUGCGCGUGGUGGAGGAAGACUUCUCGCGUGUGUUUCGUAAGCCGCACGUUCGAACCCCAGGCUAUGUGUUCGGCUGCACUGGUGUUGUGGAGCGCGUCUGCGGCCGCUUCUCCGACCCGGGUCUUCUCGCUUACAACGAACGGAGCCAGCAGCAAACCCUCUAUCGCGUCGCCUUUGAUCACCGCAUGCUCUGGCCGUCAGGAUACACUCACAUCGACUGGAACGAGCCAGGAUCGCAAGUGCAUGUUGAGAUAUUUGGGUCCUGGCUGCGGCCGGCUACAGCAGGGGACGUGCGCGUGUGUCGGGAGCGAGCGCAGUCUGCCCGACUAGUGGAGACCGAGCAAACACGACGCAUCAAGGCGCACGUGCACGCCGGCCAUGAGUCGCGUGAGGCCGCAGAGGUGAACGCCGUGGCGAAGGAGCACAUCAACGAUGAAGCGUUUCCGCUUCGCCCACUGGCAGAUGCACUGGUCGCUGCGCUCGUCGCGCGCAAGGUUAUCGCAAUGCCGGAACUCAACGCCGCCGUGAGCGACAUCGAGGCAAUGGGUGCCAAUAUGGAGGGUGCGCGGCUCGUUGUGCGCGCGUGGAAGGACGCGGCAUUCAAGUCGCUUCUCCUUCAAGAUGCGGCGGCGGCAGCAGCACAGCUCGGUAUUGCCACAUCCAACUAUCACGCGGACGGGCCCUCGGCGGAGAGCCAGCACGCCGAGCACAGCCACGCAUACCCGGACGGCCACACCAUCUUGACCGUGGUGGAGAACACGCCUCACGUCCACAACUUGGUCGUGUGCACGCUGUGCUCCUGCUACCCUGCCGCUGUUCUCGGCCUCUCCCCUUCCUGGUACAAGAGCCUAGCGUACCGUUGCCGCGCCGUCCGUGAUCCCGUGCGACUUCUUCGAGAGGAGUUUGGCGUCUCCAUCCCUCCACACCAGCACGUGCGCGUGCAUGACAGCACAGCCAACCUUCGCUAUCUUGUGCUCCCCAUGCAGCCUGCAGGAACGGAGGACUGGACGGAGGAGCAGCUCCUCCCACUCGUCACGCGAGACGCCAUGAUCGGCGCUGGCCUCCCGCUCUCACCCUCCUCCGUGCCCUCGUGAUCUUGUGAUGAUGGGGGUUAAGGUGUGGCCUGCAUUGAUUGAACGUUUGCGCGCGCGCGCGCGCGUGUGUGUGUGUGUGUGUGUGUGUGU